CUUUCAUAAACAAACAACAUACACCCUCCCCUGUUUUCUCCACCUCCUCCUCUGUUCCUCAGCUCGAAACACCCUGAAGAAAACACCAAAUCCAGCGCUCUAUAAUCAAGAAUUGAAACGCAACACCCAUUUGGAUUUGCUUUUUGGGUCUUGAAGCUCGCUCUCUCUGUGGAAUAUACCGGAAUUGAGAUGGGUUGCUCAAGAAUUUCAGCUUAUCGUAUCCGAUUCUGUUUUUGGUUCCAUCGGAUUAGCUAUUAAAUGCAACUCCAGAUUCUUAAAUUCGGUCUUAUUUUUUUAAUUUAUUGACCAAAUCUGAAUCUGGGUAUUUCUUUUUCCACCAUAUACAUUUGAUUCAAAUCUUUCUUGCUAUACCUUUUGUUCCCAUCUCGAAUUCUCCUUCAGGGGUUUAUUUAUUGACGGUAAGUACAAGAGAGAGCGAGUAAGCAGGCAGGGUCAUCCGUAUCCAUGGCUGCCGCGAAGAACAGUGGCAAAUCCAAAAAGGGUGUCAAAGAAACAGAGGAAAUGAUGGUGGGUCAAGACUUGGAGACUGAAAGAGGAAAGGGUCUUGGUUUCGGCCUUGAGAGGCCGCAACGGAAGCCAGUUUUUGAUGAUGCUUCCAUGUCACAGAGGCCUCUCAAGAAAAUCCGUAGCCCUGAACGCCAAGACCAUGUUCAAUCCUCUCUUCCGUUCUCUGCUCCCUCCUCUGUUUCCUCUGUUUCUCCAUCUCCUCUUCCACCUUCAAGACUUGUGUUUCCAUUUGCUUUUGACACAUCCCAACAGCCAGUCCAAUUCCCUCAACAAUUCCAAACAAACCCUCCACUUAUGCCGUAUUUUCAGGCUCCAGUUCAUCAUAAUCAGCAACAGAUGAUUUCCUUCAGUCCUCCUCAGCAGCAACCUGGCCUUGGUUAUGCUUCUCCGCCUUUUAUGUCCGGAGAAUCACCUAUGUUACCGCAGCAACAACAGCAGCAGCUUCUUCAGUACUGGAGUGAUGCAAUGAAUUUAAGUCCGCGAGGGAGCAUGAUGAUGAUGAGCGGAUUGGGGCAGGAUGGGAGGCCAUUGUUUAGGCCACCCAUACAGCCCAUAAACACUACUAAGCUCUACAGAGGAGUGAGGCAGAGGCAUUGGGGAAAAUGGGUAGCCGAAAUUCGUCUUCCUCGAAACAGGACUCGCCUUUGGCUAGGCACUUUUGACACAGCUGAAGAUGCCGCCAUGGCUUACGACCGCGAGGCCUUCAAGUUGAGAGGAGAGAAUGCUAGGCUUAAUUUCCCUGAGCGUUUCCUCAACAAGGACAAAGGAACGUCCACAGCUCCGAGUUCAGCAGUUACCUCUCCACAGACUCCAUCUUCAUCAGCAAUAAGGCACCAGAAACAGCCUCAAGAGGAAGUACAAGGCCUAAAUUUUCCAGCCACAAACACUGAACUAAUGCCACCCCCACCACCGGUAACAGAGCCUCCAGGAGACAAUCCUGACACUGAUUCAGGAUUGGGGAUGAGUGAGGCUACUACUAGUGAUGAUGCACAGGUGACCACAGAGAGUUCAGGGGCAGGUGAAGGUAUUUCAGGUUCAGGGUCGCAGGAGUUGGCCUGGGGAGAAAUGGAAGAAGCUUGGUUCAAUGCAAUUCCUGCAGGUUGGGGUCCUGGGAGUCCUGUGUGGGAUCAUUUGGACACCACUAACAAUCUUCUUUUACCUUCAAAUCUUCCUUUUACUGAUCCAAAUCAACAGCAAUUUCCCAAUUCCGAUCUCGGUAGACCCCAGGAUACCUCAACUUCUUCUACUUCCUCUUCUUGUCCAAUGAAACCCUUCUUCUGGAAAGAUCAAGAUUCAUAGGUCAUCCAUAAAACCCUUUUCCAUUUUUUGUUUUUUGUGUGCUUUUCUCUAUUGUAUCCUUAUGGAGAAGGUUUUGGGACCACCCCCUUAGAUUUUCCUUCACUGUUUGCAGAUUUUUUAGAAAAAAUCAGCCUGUGACUUUCAUUCUCCUAUACUUUACCUCUGCUUUCCCAUAUUUUCUUCCACACUGGUUGCAGAUUUUGACAAAAACAACCUGUUCUAGGGAGAUUUUUUCUUUGUCUAAAUUUUUAAAUGCUCCAUAUUUUUCCAAAACCUCUCUUUGAAUCUGCUGCACAAAAGGCUAUAUAUUUUUAGGCCUUGUUGCUCAUAUCUUUCAGUUGUAACCCCUUGUGUCUCAAGAUAGUUUCGUUCUACAUAAUAUGCAUGUUCUCUUUCACUUUUGUGUUUUUUUUUUUUUUGUCUUUGUUGUUGAUGUAAGAUAGAUGCAGCUGAGACAGCAUAGAAGGAGACAGUUUUGGUGAUCUCCUUCUGAAUGCGUCCCUGCCUCCAUCUCCAGCAAUCUUUUUCUGCUCGGAGCAUGGAAUCAAUGUAGUAGCUUUGUACUUUUGAUUGUUAAAGAUAUUUAUCUUUCUAAUAUCUCCUCCUCUAUAAACAGUAGAUGUGAUG